GGUAAAAAAAAAAAAAAACGAGUCCCUCCUAAGUUGCACGUCCGUCCCCCGUCGCGUCGCGUCGCGUCUUCCACCGGAGGAAUCCAAAUCAAAAUCAGGUCUUGUCUUCGAUCGAGAUCCAAAAUCCAGUCUCCCCCACUCCCCUCCGACGAUCCCACCGUCCCCGUCGUCCCGCCCGCGGCGACUCCUUCCUCGAUCCACCGCCGCCGCGGCGCCGGAUCUGGGCCGGCCUCGAUCCAAACCCUAGUUCGCCGCUGAUGGCGUCCGAUUCCGACGACGCCGACUUCUUCGACAAGCUAGUCGACGACGACGAUGACGACCAAGUGGUGCCCCCCGCUGCCGCCGCCCAAGCCGCAUACGCAGCGGUGGCGGACAUCUCGUCCCUCUCCCUGGCCGAUGACGCGGUCGACGAGCCCGAGCUGCCCGCGGCGGCGACGGCUCCGGCUGACGCUGCGGAUCCUCCUCCGGCCCUGACUCCUCCCAAGGCUGGGGACGAUGUGCCGGCAGUGCCCUCUGACGCGGAGGUUCUGGCCGCGCUGCCGGAGGUGAAGGCUGCUGCCGUGGCGGCGGUCCCUAAGACGGAGGCUGUGGCGACGCCGGAAGGCGGGUCGCCAGGGUCCGGGAAGGCCGUCCGCACCACGGUCAAGCAGGUGCAGUGGAGCGUGUUUGGCGCCGACAGCAGCGCAGAGGCAGAUCCGUUCGGGGACUUGUUGGCGGACGGGGCCGGUGGUGAUUCCUUUUUUGGAGUCAGCGGAGCCCAGGUCCAGGAACCGCGGAGUUCAGUUGCCGCUGCGGGCAGUGUUGGAGCAGCUCCUGCCGACCACGGCUUCUUUAGCGGAGUAGGUAACAAUGCCAUUUCACAACCGGGUUGGGGAGCCCGUGCCGGGGGCUUCUUGGCGGAUGGUGCUGCUGGUGACGAAGCUGCGUUCUUUGGAGCUAGUGUCGUGGAGGACCAGGGUGUGCAGACGGGUUCGGUUGUGGCGACAAGCGGUGUUGGAGCGGCAUAUCAUGGCUUCUUCAAUGGUGUGGAUAGCAGCGCCAAUUCUUCACAGUCGUAUAUGGGUGCUAGCGCUUUUGAGUCUGCGGAUCAGAACACCAAUGUGCAGUCGGAGUGGGCUAGUGGGUCUGUGAACUCCUCGGAACCCAACUAUCUGGAGAAUCGCUACCCUGGCUGGAUGUUCGACGAGGCAACACAGAACUGGUAUCAGGUGCCUACUACCAGUGCUCAAGGUUUUGCUGAUUAUGGUGGUGCUGUAACGGCUGUUGGGAGUGGCAAUGUUCAGCAGCUGCAGCAGCAGCUUAGUGGUUCGUACAUGCAUAACUCUUCACAGGCAGGGCUAGAGACCAUUGCAGAGGAGGGCGGUACCACUGUCAUGACCUGGGGUCAGGAUCAGAGCAGUGCAGUUGCUGCAGAGUACCCGCCAAACAUGCUAUUUUACGCAGAGUACCCUGGAUACUACUUUGACACCAACACCCAGGACUGGUACACGCUCGAGUCAUAUCAGCAAAGUUUUGCUCAGGUUGCAACUGCCACAGCGGCUUCAGAUGCAUUUGUAGGGCACAAUGUAGGUAAUGCCAUGAAUUCUCAGGCAAGUAACUUCAAUCAGCAAAACCAAUGGCAGCAGUCUUCCUACAGUUCCCAUCAGCACACGGAGACUCAGAUUACUCAGCAGGCUAAUACUGAGCCUUCGGAACCCUCUACAAAUUACCGGACUGGUAUCAACACAUUCGUGCCUUCGUUGGAACCCUCUAUGAAUCAUAGUACUAGCGUUAGCACAUUCAUGCCUUCUACAAGUCAAUACAGUAGUGGUGAGAGCCACCAAGUUAGUCACAAGGGCUUCGAACCUACUAGCUAUCAGAACGUUCAGAAGGGUUUUGAACCGUAUAAAAGCAACCAAAGUACCUUUACUAACCAUGACAGUGGGUACAAGGUAUCUGAACCUUCAACAGGUCAUCAGGGGUUCAAACCUGUUGCAAACAACCAUAAAAGCACAGGAUUUGUACCGUCUACAGGUCACCAGAUUGCCCACAGGGAAUUUGAACCUUCUAAAGAUAAUCAAGCUUAUCAUGUGGCGCACGAACCUUCAGUAGCCCAUGGUUAUGUCAAUUCAAAUGGCUUUGCUGAGCAACAAACAUUUGUUCCUUCAACAACAGGAAGCAUGUACCAGACACAAACACACAUCGAUCCUGCAGCACACAUGCAUUUAACAAACAACUAUUUGAUCAGCGAGAACUCCAUGAACUUUGCUCAGCAGCAACCAGUAUCUCAACAAUUUGGUUACUCCCCCCACCAAGAGAGGUCAUCAGCUGGACGCCCACCACAUGCUCUGUUUGCGUUUGGAUUUGGCGGGAAGCUUGUAGUUAUGAAAGAGACCAGCUCAAUGACUACAAGCUUUGACAGCGGUAAUCAGGGCAAUUCUCGUGGCAUGGUGUCAAUUCAUAAUAUAUCAGAGAUUGUUGCUGAUAAAAUUGAUCAAUCAAGCAUCACCAAUGGCAGCGCACUUGGCUACUUCCAUGCUUUGUGUCGUCGACCUAUUCCUGGCCCCCUUGUUGGCGGAAGUCCUGCAACAAAGGAUGUGAGUAAAUGGCUUGAUGAGAUUAUUGGAAGCUAUGAGUCUUCUGUAAGGGAAUUCCAAGGAGGGGAUGUUCAGAAGCUGCUUGUUUCAUUGCUGAAAAUAUCAUAUCAACACUAUGGAAAACUGCGUUCAUCAUUUGGCUCAGACCCAUUGCAGGAGGGUAUGGAUGGCCCAGACACAGCAGUAACAACACUAUUCUCAUCAUGCAAUAGUAAUAGUGCGCAUAUAAGAGAAUAUGGAGCCAUUACCCAUUGCAUGAAAAAUAUUCCCUCAGAAAACCAGAUACAGGCUACUGCUCAAAAUGUUCAAAGUCUUCUAGUUUCUGGUAGAAGGAAAGACGCACUUCAGUAUGCGCAGGAAGGUCAGCUUUGGGGACCUGCACUAGUCCUUGCUUUACAACUCGGUGAUAAGUUUUAUGCUGAUACUGUGAAGAAAAUGGCUUACAGCCAUUUCAUGUCUGGAUCACCUUUGAGGACAUUGUGUCUUCUUAUUGCUGGACAACCUGCAGAUGUUUUUCAUGCUGAAAACCCUAUCGAUGCCAAUUAUGGUACUUUGCAUAGGCCACAAGAGGCUGCAGAGGGUACUCCGAAGGGCAUGCUGGAUGACUGGCAACAGAAUUUGGCUAUUAUAACUGCAAACAGGACGAAAGGCGAUGACCUUGUAAUUACUCACCUUGGGGAUUGCCUUUGGAAAGAGAAAAAUGAGGUUGCAGCUGCUCAUUCAUGCUAUUUAGUUGCCGAGCUAAAUAUUGAUGCGUAUUCUGAAACUGCAAGAAUGUGUCUCCUUGGUGCAGACCACUUGAGAUGUCCUCGCACAUUUACCAGUCCUGAAGCUAUCCAGAGAACAGAGUUGUAUGAAUAUGCGAAAGUUCUCGGUAAUUCUCAGUAUAUCCUCCUGCCAUUUCAACCAUAUAAGCUGGUAUAUGCAUAUAUGCUCGCUGAGGUUGGGAAGAUCUCUGAUUCACUAAGGUACUGCCAAGCAUCUCUGAAGGUGUUGAAAGCCUCUGGCCGUGCGCCUGAACUAGAAGCAUGGAAGCAAUUGUUUUCAUCCCUGGAGGAGAGGAUACGCACCCACCAGCAGGGUGGAUAUGGCACAAAUCUUGCUCCGGCAAAGCUUGUUGGAAAGCUUUUCACAUCACUUGAUAAAUCUUUGUCCCGCAUGAUGGGUACACAACCUACAUCAUUGCCGCCAUUGGCGCAGCCAAUGCCGCCAUUGGCACAGGGAUCUUCUACUGAAAGAGAUUUAUAUUCUGCUCCUCCAGCUACGAAUUUUGUAAAUAACAAUCAGUCAGCAACGCCUAUGUCAUUUUCUGCGUCAGAGCAGUCUAUGAGUGACAUGACAGGAAAUAGUGGUCCUGACAGGAAAGGCACACACAACAGAAGUGUCUCUGAGCCAGACUUCAACAGAGCCCCUCAACAGGGCACAAGAUCAGAUAAUCCACAAAGCACAUCAGGUUCAGGCAAUUCACGUUUUGGAUGGUUACUGCAGAAGACAAUGGGAUUGGUCUCAAAAUCUCCUCACCAGGCAAAGUUGGGGGAACAGAACAAGUUCUAUUAUGAUGAGAAGCUGAAGAGGUGGGUGGAACAAGGUGCUGAGGUCCCGGCUGCUGAGGAGCCGCCUCUUCCCCCACCUCCGACAAAAGCCUCAUUCCAGAACGGUGUUCCAGAUUACAACUUGACUGGCCCCAGCAUUGGAGGCUAUACUGCUAAUGGAUUUGCAGAAACGAAGCCCCCAAAUCCUUCUGAGCUUAUGACAGGGAUGCCACCGAUGCCACCUAGCCAGAACCAGUUCUCAGCACGUGGGAGGGCGGGUGUUAGAUCAAGAUAUGUUGACACAUUUAACAAGGGUGGAGCAGCAACAGCAGCAUCAUAUAACAAACCGGCCAUGCCAUCUAUGAAACCGCUUCCUGGUGCUGGUUUCUUUGUGCCAACUCCUGCUGCCGAUGAACCAAAGCAGACGACCGAGUCAACAGCUGAUGUGCACAGCGCAACUGCAUAUCAGGAUGGCCCAUCUUCCUCCCCUGCGGUGGAGCGAUCCUUCGCUUCCCCACCACCGCCUUUAGUGCCGAUGCAAUCAAGCAUUCAGCGGCAUCCAAGUAUGGACAAUAUCUUGACACCCUCUGGCAGCGGUAAUAGCUCGUUCUCGAAGUCACGAGCAGCCUCAUGGAGUGGAACAUACUCAGACCAGUUGAGCACCACCGCCGCUUCAAGAUCACCAGAUGGACAGACCAUGCAGUCGCCAGUGUUGAUGCCUCCUGGAAGGCAACCUUCUCACAGCCGUUCCCACAGCAACUCGUCCAUCCAGUUGAAUGGUUUGGGAGAGGAUCUUCAGGAGGUAGAGCUCUGAUACUAAAAAAAAACAAGGGUACAAAAAAGAAAAAAGAGGUGCGUUCAUCGUGUAAAUCAAUCGCUCGCGCAAGCCUUGUCUUAAUUUUUCUUUCUCUCUGAUAGCUCUGUAUUUAAUUAAUAUCUAUGAUAUCUAGAAGGCACAAACAGAAAAAAAGGAGUGGCGUCCCUUUUCCUUUUUUUUUGCAUGAGAAAGCAUGAGGAUGCCAUUUGUACAGAUAUAGUUCACUCCUCAUUCAAGCCGGAUGGGAAAAAGGGGAAUAAAUUAAUACCCAGGGAGGGAGGAGUGUGUUAUUAGUAUUAAAGAUGAGAUAGCAAAGAAAGGAAUAUGCACAGAACUAGGUACAUUUUCUGCCUUUAUUUUUUAGAGAUUAUAUUCAUCAUCACUAUGUAACUUGGACGCUUUGGAGCUCAAUAAUUCCCUCUGGUUAUUUGGUAAGCUCAACGAGGCAUCAAUCUAGCCAUAUUUCUUUUGA